AUCUGUUCCACAAUCCACCCAAGCCGACUCAACUGAUAACGAAAACUGAGGUUUUCUUCUUUUACUCCCACAUCUUCGCUUAAGAAGCCGGCCAUCUCUAUCCACAAGUUAAGCAGAAGAAUUUCUGCACAUCCCUGCUAUCGACAAGGGAGAGAAGAUUCUAUCCUCCGAGGCACGUUCUUUCUCUAUCUUUUUUUCAUCCAUUUUUUUUCGAUUUGGGACAUAUCAUUUCUUAUCCUGAUCCGAUCAACGCAAAAGUCAUUGAUCAGUAGAAAGUAGACCAAAUUGUAUUGCCCUAAAUGACGCCAAAUAUGUUUUCCGCUGUCUUCAUGGACGGGCAUAGAGGCCGGAACUGGAGGACCAAGUUUUUGAUGCAUAUCUUCAUAACCUUGUGUUUUGCUCUCUGUUUGUUCUUUAAUUCGGAGAAUCUAGCUUUGAUUGAUUUCAAGAGCAGAGUUUCUGGCAUCGCGGAGACGGAUGAUGGACACCAUUUUGGGAGAUUUUCGAGACUUACUACUGCUGGCUUGGUGAUGUGUCCUCUGUUUUUCUUCGCGGAUCGGCUGAUAAAGAUGGUUGGAGAAGGGAAGGUGGGUGUAAAUUGGUGUGAAGAGACCUUGGGGCCAUCCACCGGAAGUAAUGCUUCUACAACGGUUCCUGCUUGUUCGCACUUUGUGGAUGUUCCGCAUGUGCGGCAGCAGUUCCUUUGGGAUUGCGGACUUGCUUGCGUUUUGAUGGUGUUGAGGACUGUAGGAAUAGGGCACUGCGACAUUCAUCAGCUCGUGGAUCUUUGCUCUACAACAAGUGUUUGGACGGUUGAUCUGGCAUAUCUUUUGAAAAGGUUUUCAGUUAGUUUUCACUUCUUCACGGUCACUAUGGGAGCAAAUCCAAAUUUUUCAGAUGAAACAUUUUAUAGGGAACAACUGCAGGAUGACCUCAGGCGAGUAGAUGGACUAUUCCAGAAGGCACUCGAAACUGGGAUCUCGAUAGCGUGCAGGUCUAUUAGUGGAGUAGAAAUUGCUGCUCUUAUUUCUUCAGGCCAAUACAUAGCAGUUGCUUUGGUUGACAAGAUUAAGUUAAGUCAGUCUCAGCAAAAGGAUGGAUUGAUCUCAGAUGAAAGGUUGGAUUAUAUGGGGCACUUUAUUGUGAUAUGUGGCUACGAUGCAGAAGGCAGUGAGUUUGAAAUAAGAGACCCUGCCAGUUCUAGAAAGAAUGAAAGAGUUUCUCUGGAGUGUCUAGACUCUGCACGCAAAUGUUAUGGCACUGAUGAGGACAUAAUUUUGGUUCCUUGUGCAAUUUUUGUUCCAGCAAUGCCAAAAGUGUUAAUCUUCUUCGGGGGAGUAGUACAGACACCUGGGCAGUAAAUUUCUGCUUUCAACCUUGUUUUAAAAAAAUAAAGGAAAAAGGAAUGAAACAUUAUCACCUUUAGAGUUGCUUUAAUUGGCUGCAAGGUGUGAUAUCACGACAUCUUAUGGAGAUAAUAAAGCCUGCACCAUGUUUCUGAGCUGCUUUCAGACUUUUGCCCAUCUAUAGAUCUCAAAUCAAUCCCGUCUAAUGUGCUUAACACAACCAUUUGUUUGCUUGGCUGUGGAAGAGUACUAAUCAACCGUGUCUAUUUAUUUAUCAACUUGAUUAUUGCAUUUUAAUGCGACACAAUUAAAAUGUAAUUUUUUUUUUGGUGUGUAAAUGUUGCCAAACAUCUUAUAAUUCUGCUGUCAAUGGCAGGUUUCAUUGAAGGACAAGCCACAUACAAUGUCUCACUUGUGCUGCUGGUUGU